GCAGUUAUUUUGAUUAUAAUUUAGGGUUAAAAAUUAUUUUAUUUUUAUUAGAAUGUCGUUAGUGUCUUUGUUUUCACCGUUAAGAAUAUCCUUAAAAAGUACUUAAGACUCCUCUAUCUACGUAUUUCCUUCGAUUUAACCAUGACCGAACAAUACAUCGGAGAAUUUUUACAAAAACUCAAACUUGCUCUAUCAGAAGGCAACAUCAAAGACGUAUUAACGCUGUUCAAAGACCAGGAAUAUGAUGAAAUAGUAAAGAAUAAUCCUGCUAUUAUUAUUCCUGAAUUAGGAGAAUAUCUAACUAAUAGAAAUAAAGAAAACAAUAUUCUAUUGUUUAAUUGUUGUGUAGAUAUGUUAUGUAUAAUUAGUAACACUUCAAUUACUGAAGAAACCAUAAUCGGCUUAACUCUGCAAAUAAAAAUUUCUGAUGAAUCAAAGUUUACUGUAUUGCUUUCAUUAUUGUGCAAAGUUUUAUGCAAUCUGCCCCCUGGUUCACAUAAUCACUACAGCUCAGUUUUUGAUGCAAUACAUCAUUAUUUAGAGCAGAUGGAACAACCUGAUUAUGAAACUUUUGAAAAUGAAGAAAGACAUUUAGUGGAUAACAGUGAGCCUGCAACCAAUAUUAUUUAUGCUUACAAUAAUGUAAUUAUAUUUUAUACACAAAUAAUAAAUUACAUUACAAAUGAAGAGAUUAAUUUCAUGGAUAAAAUAUUUCUGGCAAAGCAUCUGAUGAAACUUCUAGCAAAUCCUUUGGGAUAUUUUCCUGUAGAAAUGAUUGACAAUAUUAGACCAAUUUCAAGACCUCUUGUAGAAGAGAUAGUGCAGAAAGUACUUACAUUCAAUUGUGAUCCAUUUAUUUUUAGUGAAAUAGUUUUGAACAAUUAUUAUGAAGCAGAUGAUACACUUAUUCAAUUAGAAAAAUUAUGGGUCGCGCACUUAGUGUAUUUAGUGUUCUGUGAAGAAAUUUGUAUAAAUGUAAUUCCCAAGGUAUACAGUCCAUUAUACACCUUGGACAGUUUUCUACCUUUAGCUUUAGAGCUAAUAAAUCAAGAUAAUAACACAAUUUUAAUCGAAAAAGGCUUAAAAUUAUCUCACUAUAUUUUUACUUGCUUAAAAAAUCAAAAAUUAUCAUACUUGUUAUUGGAUAAUGAAGUUCACAGUAAAUUUUGUGAAGUAAUAUCUCAGGUUAUUGUUUAUAAUUCAUCCGAAACUAUAAGAAAAUCUGCCCUGUCAAUAUUUGAAAGUUACUUAAAAUUAUUUGAAAUCAAAGGGGUCUAUCUGAUUAUAACACAUUUAGUGCCUAUUUUAACACAUGGAGGGCUCAUAGGUUUUAUUAUAACUUUUUACAAAAAUCUUUUGAAUGAAGAAUUUAAUAGAACUGAAUGCAAUAUUAAUGAAUACUUUAGGGGGCAAAAGUUACUUUAUAUCUUAAAAAAGUUUUGCUGUUUAAGCGAGAAAGAGGAAACAAACUUAGUCAAUAAUUCAGAUCAUAUUAUUUCUUGUCUUAAUCUUUUAAGAUACUUGGCCUUAAGGGAUAAGAAAAAUGUAACAAAUAUUUGGGAUUUUUUUUCUAUCCUCGAAGAAAUUUAUUUAAAACCCUUAAGAAAAGGUUUGGAACUCUCUAGAGCUCAUUAUGAUUUAGAAAUAAAUAAUGUAAAACAAGAAAAAUUAAAUAAGGAAUCUAUUCAAACCUCUGUGAAUGUGUUAGGUGUAGAUGUAAACAUAGAUAAAGACGAAAAAUUGCGAAUUUUAAAUUCCUCCUUAACUGUUUUCGAUGUCAUUGAAAGUUUACUUAGUCGUCUUGCGGAAUUAAUCGAGAAAAACCUGUAAUUUUAAUUUGCUUUUUAAUAAAUAUUUCUGGAAA